AUGGGCCAGUCGCCAAGUUUCCCAAUCGAUAAGGAGCCACCAAACUUUGAGGAUUUGAAAGCAUUCAACAUUUCAGGGAAACGCCGUCAAGACUUCGAACAGGAGACAGAUAUAACAGAGUAUGAAUGCCUGACCCAUAAAUACUUUAAACGUUAUGUGAAGGAAAGACAAGACGCACAGGAAGCCAAGGCUAAAUUUAACGAUCUUGUGGGUUUGGCAGCCCGUUUCCCACAGUGGACUGAGGCAGAUAUAGCUGGGAUGCGGUCUCAGUUCUUGUCCUUUGAUCUUAACCAUGAUGGACUCAUAGACUUCCCAGAACUAGAUAACGUCUUGAGUGAUAUGGGGGAUACUUCCUCAAGCAGUGUACGCAAGGAAAGGUUUGAUGUAAUUGAUGAAGAUCAUUCAGAUAGUAUAGACUUCGAGGAGUUUCUUCAUUUGAUAGAAUCCGUGUCGUCGACUGAACGAGGAGGGAUUUCAGACGCAAUCGGUGCUAUGUGCGAACGAGGCAGCAAAAACGCUAACAUCAUCCGCAAACUAACAGUGGAGCAACAGAUCUAUGGGGGCGUGUUUUAACGCAGAACAAGAAACCAGACACAAUAUACAACUUCGCUAAUCUGUGUUUUAGUUUUUUUCAUAAAAUGCAAACCAUUCUAUUAUUUUGUGUAACCAUUAUCAUAAGUUCGACAUUCAUUGUGUAUCUGUUGGGCAACAAGUUUUAUUAGAACUGUUGGUUGAAAAUUACUAAGAAAGCAUCAACAUUAUUUUUUGUACUGAAAGUGCCAUUUCAUUAAAUUGCUCUAUAUAUGUUUUUACUUUGUCAAAAAGUGCAUUAUUAUCUGACUUCUGGUACUAAUAAAAUUGGUUCAUUCCAGAAAUGUUUUAUUCACCAUUUUUUGGAGAUUGUAAUUAAAAUAUAAAUAACUUGAUACUGAUAGGGUGGACGUGUACAAAAUAUGAAUAAGGUUGUAAUAGUCAUCAAUAAAACACAGAAACAGAUGAAACUUUAAUAACAAAUGAGUCCUUUGCAAACUGGAUGUAGCAUUCUUGAAUUAUGUCAAUUUAAUUUGAAGAUGUCUCUCAGAACAUCUGUCACACCUGUCAUCAAUUAAUUAUGCAAAUAAGGAGCAGACAUAUCAAAAAGGCGUUAUAAUCCAUUCUUCUAGGACAUUAUCAAAGUUUUCUAGUCUG